UAUUUAUCCAAGGUACUCUCAUUAAGUAUUAUGCUCUACUUUGCUCUCCCCUCUCCACUAAUACCCGUCCUUCUUUAUUAACCUAACCGAGGAAUGAGUGAGUGGUAUAUACAUGUGUAAGUUGGUGAAAUACCCGGGUUCUCCUCUCCCGACGAGGAGUAAGUGAGCAGAAUAAACCAUUUUAAACCGAGAAAGUUGGUUCCGGGAAAAUCAAUAAGUUUCGCUGCUGCUGCGGCUGCUGUAUUAUAAACACAAAUCCCCUUCCGACUAUUGCAUAUUACGACUCUACUCCUACUGCAGUCGUCAGUCAGUAAAAACUAGUCAAUUAUUUCGGUGAACAUUAGCUUCUUGUAAUAUUGUACUUGUUUUCAAAGAAUCUCACAAAUUAUAAUUUUACUCUGAUACAAGUGAAAAAGUUGUGAAUUUUACGAAAUAUCGCGAUCGAUAGUUCUAAGCAGUUGUGUAUAUACACAGUCGAAUCGAAUCGCGUGAUGCAACGUUGUGCGAAACUUGAUAAGUAGCUCAUCACGACUUUAGGACAAGGUUAUCAAUGUCACCAAUAGCACAGGUCAAAUCCUGAACUUGUAUUAUAAGCAAGAUGAACUUACUUAUAAAAAAGCAUUCAUACAUAAACUGCUCCAUAUCAUAAAGUUUAGCUAGAUAUGGCAUUCCAUUAAAUAGAUCAAAUUCAACCAGAAGCAAUAUUUUUAUAAGAAAACUACGAUAUUUCAAUGUUUUAGCCAGAUUUUUUAUCCGAUUUUAUCAAAUAGAAUAAAACAUUAUGUAGCAAAAUCGAGGAUUUGCCAGCUCAAAUAUUGUUGUGUUAUAAACUGAAAAUGGCUAGCAGUAGCAGCCCUUGUAGUGCAAAUUGUAGCAGCGAAUCUCUCAACAAAAGGCCAUUUAAUGUCCAAGAUUCUCAGGAUCAGGACGAUUUCUCUCAGACUGAUCCCUACCUGGACUCAAGAUCAGGCCCCGACUUUGUCUACAUAAACGAGAAACCUGUCGACGAUGUGUCGUUAACAUUUUUCUACCAGCCCAGGACACUUACAACUCUGUGCUUGGUGAUUCUAGUCUUUGUCCAAGUGGCAUUUCAACGCGAUGAGUCAAAUAUCCAAAACAAUAUCAGUUCAGGACUCACCUGCGUUGUUUUCUUCUUUAUGAUUUUAUCCGUCUUAGCUUUUCCCAAUGGUCCUUUUACUCGACCGCACCCUGCUUUCUGGAGGAUGGUCUUCGGUUUGAGUGUUCUUUACCUCCUUGCCCUCGUCUUCAUCCUUUUCCAGAAUUAUGAGACGGUGAAAGAGAUAUUUUAUUGGGUCGACCCUGAGCUUCGUAAUUUUUCUAUUAACACGGAAAAGGAGUACGGCGUAAACUGUAGUGAAAUAACGGUUGAGAGACUUUGGUCUCACGUGGAUAUCUUUGCAUUUGCUCACUUUACGGGAUGGAUCAUGAAAGCUUUGUUGUUACGCCAUGUUGGGAUUCUUUGGACGAUUUCUGUGACAUGGGAAAUAACUGAAAUUGCAUUUGCUCACUUGCUUCCUAAUUUUGUGGAAUGCUGGUACGACUCUAUUUUCCUGGACAUUUUCAUAUGCAAUGGGCUUGGAAUCUGGGUUGGGAUGAAACUGUGUAAACUUUUGGAGAUGAGGGAAUACAAGUUUGAAUCAAUAAAAACGAUUCAAGGGACCACUAAGAAAUUGAAGCGUGCAGUUCUACAGUUUACUCCCGAGAGUUGGAUGCCGGUACGCUGGCUGGACCCCUGCUGUAGCUAUAUGCGCUUUCUCGCCGUCUUGGAGCUUGUCAUCUUCUGGCAAGUGGCAGAGUUGAACACAUUUUUCAUAAAACACAUUUUCGAAACUCCGCCUGCUCACAAUAUUGUGCUCCUCCGACUGGCACUCCUCUCAUUAAUAGUUGCUCCAUCCCUAAGGCAAUACUAUGUGUUCUGCACAGAUGCAAGAUGCAAAAGGGUGGGAACACAGUGUUGGGUUUUGGGAGCAAUCACUGCAACAGAGGCCAUAAUUUGUGCCAAAUUUGGAAGAUCAUUGUUGGGUCAAGCACAAAUUCAGAACAUCAUUUUAUGGCUUCUGAUUCAACUCGUCCUCUCCAUAGCAUGUGUCACAAUUUGUGUUCUCCGAGAACGGCGAGCUCAACUGCACCAGAAAAAGGUCAAAUUGUCAUGAUCCUCCACUAGUCGAACGGGAAGAUUCGAUGAAAACAAGAGUGGUUUUGUGUGUGAUAUCAUCACCUCGUCGUCCUUUAAAAAAAGAGUCCACACCACUACGAAAGAGUCAGUGGCAUUUGGAUUGGACAAUUGCACUUAAGUAUGUACCAUGCUGAUAAGAUCUAGUAAAGCGACAAAGGAAUCUCAAGAAAAGUGAGACAUAAAUAUAAAUCCUUAGUACGACAAAGAUGCAAUGCUCCCUCCUUUCCAUACAUAGUACGUUUCACAUCCAGAUUUCAGAGUGCGAAGCAACAAGAAUUUGCAACCGCACUUACUUCUUCCCUGUCCCGUGGGUAUGCGAUCUGCCAAAUCAACUUGAUCAUUUACGACCUGCACAGUCUACUAUCUCAUGAACAAAAAUUAUAUCAUGUCCUGUUAGACCAGCCAUUCCCGAAAAAAAUAUAUGUAAAAAAUCUCAAUACAUAGUAAAAAUCUUGUGAUUUUUGUAUUAUUAUAUUGUCUCAAUUGUGAGUAACAUACUUAGCUCAAGUUCAAUACGCAAUCGAGUUUUGCCAAAUUUUGAUAUUAUUAUUACUAUUAUGAUCUAAUUCUGACACGCUGCUCGGUAGGAAUGUAUGGAAUAAAUAUGUCAUGUAUCUCAUCAUUCGAAUCUCCUUGAAAUUCAACACAAAGCAACAUAAUUUUAAAGUAUGUAUAAUUUUGCUGUAAGAAGACUUUUGUGGACAUGAUUAAUAAAAAAUAAAUAAAAGGAAGCAAAAUGAGA